GAGCUACUCCUCACACACAACACUCGCCAUGUCCAAUAUCACCCAAGUCACCAGCAGCAUGGCUUCAGCCUCACUCUCCAACAAGGCUCCUCUUCCCGUCGGACAUCAACCACUUGCAGAGAAAAAACCAAAAGAGGUCAAUCAAGAAGGCACACCAGUCCAAAUCGUCACAAAUAUGCGGAAAAUCAAUCUCGAGAAGAACCACUCAAUCUUCAAAUACUCGGUGCAAGUCCUUUUUGUUUACCAAAAGUCGGACGGCACCGAGCUCGUCCUGGAAAAGUCAAAGUCCGUCGGUUCUGGAUGUGACCAUGAGCGAAGCAAGAGUCACUGCCUCCGCGUCUACAGAAAAGCAGCGAAGCAGUGCCAAGAACUGAAGAGUGGAGGCCCCUUUUGCUACGACAGCCAAGGUUGUCUCUACUCGUUCUCAAAGCUCAAAAAUGACGAGUUUUCCACCAACAUCACCGGCUCAGAUAUCUCCAACAACCCAAAGUUCCUCCGGGUGGAAUUUAAAUUGGCAAAAGUUCAGGAAUCGUUCCAAACCACAACGAAUGAUGUGGCAAAGUCUGUCAAUUGCCGUCCAGCCCUCCAGGAAAAAACAAUCCUGGAGGCGAUGAACCAAAUUGUGUCUACGGCACCCAUCAAUCAUCCUAACGUCCUGACAAUUGGAAAUUGCGUGCACUACCUGUACGAUGACACGAAUAUCGAUAUCCGAAGCAUCACGGGUGAAGGUGGAAAAAGUUCUGCAGUGGGAGCUUCGAAAAGUGUCCGAACUCUAGAGGGAACCGGAAAAACGCCGUGUCUAUACAUGGCAACUGAACUCAAAACAACUCUCUUCCAUCCAGACAACUGUUCAUUGCUGAAAGUGUUCAUGGAUUACAGAGGAUUCAAUGGUUCUCUGAAAGCUAACUCACCAUUUGUCUUAAAAAAUAAAAAUGCUUUUAUCGGUUUGUGGUGCUAUACCACUCAUGGAAAAUGUUCUGAUUGGAAAGAUGAUCGUCCAAUGAUCAAAAUAAAAGAUUUUGGACUGUCUGCCAAAGAAACCACCUUCGAAAGAGACAACAAGAAAAUUUCAGUCUUCAACUAUUUCCAAGUGAAAUACAACAUGACACUGAAAUACCCAGAUCUAUUCACUGUCGUUGCUCGAGGAAAAGACGGAAAAAAUCAACAUAUUCCAGUGGAGUGCCUUGACCUUUGCAACUCUCAAACAGUUCGGACGGAGCAAAUGGUCGGAACGGAACAAGCUGAUUUGAUUAAACUCGCUGCUGCUAAACCCCAUGACCGCAAGAAGAUCACAGACACCGUGGUGAAUUCCAUCGGACUCGCUUCAGAGCCAAAAGGAAUCAUCUCUGUUGGUGCACCAGAGAGUGUGACUGGACUCGUUCUUCCAAAACCGGACAUUUACUUCUCUGGUGGAAAAAAAGUAUUUUGGAAUGAUCCAAAGAAACGAGGACCAGCCACCGAUUUCAUGCCAGCUGGAACAUUCAUCAAACCAACGAAGCUGACCAAUUGGGAGGUUGUUUUUGAUAAUGGAGUUCAGUUGGUAGACUGCAUCCAGCACCUCACGAGCACGAUGCGCCAACUCGGCAUGGAAGUAUCGAAUCCAACUGUCUCCCUUAUCAAUCGAGGAUAUCUGAGAUCAAUCUUCGAAAACGCCAAAGCUGCCAAUCGACAAUUGAUAAUGUUCAUUACAAAAUCCAUGAACAACUAUCACACUGAGAUCAAGUGCCUCGAGCAAGAAUUUGAUCUUCUCACCCAGGACAUCCGCUUUGAGACCGCCGUGAAGCUUGCACAGCAGCAGAAUACUCGUAAGAACAUCAUAUAUAAAACGAAUAUGAAGCUCGGUGGUCUCAACUACGAGCUCAGAAGUGGCGUGUUCUCCAAUUCAAAGAGGCUCAUCAUCGGAUUUGAAACGUCACAGAGAGGCGGUUUGGGAGACGCUCCAAUUGCCAUUGGUUUUGCUGCUAAUAUGAUGUCGCAUAGUCAACAAUUCGCUGGUGGUUAUAUGUUCGUCAAGAAAUCGGCCGACAACUAUGGACCUGUGAUCCCCGAGAUUCUUCUCACCAUCCUCAAGCAGGCAAAGGCGAACCGUCCAAAUGAUAGACCAGAUGAGCUUCUGAUCUACUUCUCUGGAGUCUCUGAAGGACAACAUGCUCUUGUGAAUGAGUAUUAUGCAAAUCAAGUCAAGGCCGCCUGUGGACUGUUCAACGAGUCUUUUAGACCACACAUCACUUUGAUCCUCGCCUCGAAGGUGCACAAUACCAGAGUCUAUAAAUCCGAGAAUGGAGGAGGAGUUUGUAACGUCGAGCCAGGAACAGUGAUUGACCACACAAUUGUGAGCCCUGUUUUGAGCGAAUGGUACCAUGCCGGCUCAUUGGCUCGUCAGGGAACCAGCAAAUUGGUCAAAUACUCGCUCAUUUUCAAUACCAAGAAGAAUGAGAAGUUGUCAGUGUACGAGAGACUCACAAAUGAGCUCUGCUACGAGAUGCAGAUUGUUUUCCACCCCACCAGUCUUCCAAUUCCGCUCCACAUCGCGGGAACUUACAGUGAAAGAGGCUCCCAAAUGCUCGCUCUGAAGAAGCCGAUCUACACCAAUGGCGAAUUUAAUCAGGUUGCCACCAACGAACAGCUCGGCUACGCAUCGAAGAAGUUGUUCGGUACGAGAUUCAAUGCAUAAAAUCAUCAUUCGAGUCGAAAAUAACUGUUAAACCAAAUAAUUGUUUCACUGAUUUUAAAAAAUCUGUUUCCCUCCUUCUUCAUUCUCCAACUCAUUCCUUCAAACCUAUUCGCCUAUUGCCUUUUUGCACUUUUCUGCUCAAAAUCUGAAUUAAUUUCCACCUGUAUUUGUUUUGAUGUUCCGGAAAAGGUUCCAUGAUUUGCCUUAAUACUGACAGGUUUCAUUGUAUUUAUUAAACCGCAUUCCUGUCAGAACUUACUGUUUUCUUGUUUUAAACUCUGAAAACCCGCCAUAUCCUCAAUAUCCGUGUUUUUUGAAAAGGGGUUUUAGGCAACUUUUCUGAUUCAUUGAACUUAAAAUAUCAAUAAACAGGUUAUAAAAAAAUAAAGUUGUUCAAGUUUC